GACACCGAGGAAGAGAGAGGGAGGGAGAGAAAGCCACACGGUCAAAUUGAGCUUUAUCUAUCGCGGUGGGUCACUCAGAAAGAGAUAUUUGGAGCCAGAGGCGACCCGGAGCGCGCAGGAGCCGCAGUCAGUAUCAGACCAUCAUAAUAAGCGUCAGAAUCAGAACAGAGCACAUUGCUCCACACAGAGAAGGAACAAAAACACACACAGACACGGAAGAGAAGUGAGUGAGGGACGGACGGCAAGACGAACAGUUGAAGUUUUACUCUGCGGGAUAAUAAAACGAAAUUUGGCUAAAAAGUGAAACUCUAGAGGCCGGACAGUGUUGGUGAAGAUGCCGCGGGUAGUCCCGGACCAGAGGAGCAAGUUUGAGAAUGAGGAGUUUUUCCGCAAGUUGAGCAGGGAGUGUGAGAUUAAAUAUACUGGGUUCAGGGAUCGGCCCCAUGAGGAGAGACAAGCUCGCUUCCAGAACGCUUGCAGGGACGGACGGUCAGAAAUAGCCUUUGUAGCGACAGGUACAAACCUCUCUCUCCAGUUCUUUCCAGCCAACCUGCACGGAGAUCAGAGGCAGGUUCCUGCAAGGGAGUAUGUCGACUUUGAGAGAGAGACAGGAAAGGUCUAUUUAAAGGCUCCCAUGAUCUUGAAUGGGGUGUGUGUGAUCUGGAGAGGCUGGAUCGACCUGCAGAGGCUGGAUGGGAUGGGAUACCUGGAGUAUGAUGAAGAGAGGGCGCAGCAAGAGGACGCUUUGGCCCAGGCAGCAUUUGAAGAGGCUCGACGCAGAACCAGAGACUUUGAAGACAGAGACCGAUCACACAGAGAGGAUCUAGAGGACCCUGUGGUUUCUAAAAUCUGGGACUGAUGACACACAGACAGACAGCCAGCAGAAAGAACAGGUCCAGAUGACAGCAGGACCCCAGCCCUGGCUCAAACAUGGCCAACGCUGACGUGGAACACAAGAUGCGCUGAGGAAGAGGAUGAGGGGGUAGUGGAAGGAGGAGGAGAAGAAAACCAGGGCUGGCUGUUUCACCAUUAUUUACUAACAAGGUUUAUAUGAUUGUUUCCACACACCAAACAUUUUGCCGUAUUUAAAUGUAGAAGAAAACACACUUUGUGAAUUGAUCGAAUUGAAAGUGAACCAAGACCCAAAAUUAGAAGGAUUAACAGGAGUAAGGACAAAAAGUAGUUGGAUAUAUUUAAAUACAGAGGAAGGAAUAUGAGAAGCUGAAUAAGCAUUAUAUUUCGAAUGUGACGCAGGGUUUAGGUUGGUUCUUGAGUCAAUUGAGUGUUUCAGAUAUAUAAAGUAGAGAUCAAAUCAUUCAAAGACUUCUAUAUUUCUUCGAUAGAUUCAAGUACCAAAAGUAUAUAUUCUAUUAAUACAAUUGUAAGGGAGUAUAUAUGCCAUUUAUGACAGGAGGAGAAGGAAAGACAGAAGAAGAGAAAAAGAGAGAUUAGUUUGACUCCGGGUCACGGUCAGGGUUUAUUGGUCAGGAUUACCAGAAAAGCAUGCAUCAAAGGAGCAGUGUUGAAAAAGAAAAGCAUCGUGUCCAGUGUUGUGCAACACUUUACAUUUGUGAAGAUUAAAUUCAAAGAUGAACAUGCAUUUUUGUUAACCCCAACUAUACCUAGCUCACUUCCUGAAACCUGCUGUUUUCUUAGACCAAAGUUCACUUUGCUGGAAAGGGAGGAAGGGAUGAAAGAAGAAACUGACAGGUGGGAGGAGAGCAUCCAGGGAGAAUUAUGCCAGAUUGUGGAGUUAAGAAGUGUUUGCUAUACUAUAAUAUUAAUGAUCUCUUUAAAGCAUCACCAUGGUGAGAUGCCCAUGACUAUAGAAUCACGGGUUAUGUAGCAACAACCUUUUAGGCCAAUUCCUACUUUCCGCACGCGUGUCUGCGGCGGUCCGCGAUGGUCUUCAUGACGCAAUUGUCGGCAUCAGCCGUGUCUGCAGCCCAACAUUUGUGACCAUGCGGACUGUGCGCUUAGCAAGCGCGCCGAUGUGCAUGCUCCUGCUUCGUUCCACACUCCAGUCCAGUUGGUGGCGUAUGCACCUCUUGCUGGUUUGCCAAGAAGGAGAAAAUUAAUGUUCGUUUUGAAAAGAGGUUAUGUGAGGAGAUUCACCGUUGCGGCUGUUACCCAAAUAAAUAUAAUUUGUCUUUAAAGUAAUACAGAGACAGCUAAAAUGACGUUGAACUCCUGGCAAACAACGUAACGACACUGUCACCAACUGAAACAGAGUGUGGAUUGGGAAAUGCGGAUGUGUGAAACCCCAUACCGACUCUUAAUUGAAGUAUGAAUGGAACCGCGUGCACAGCCGCGCGACUGCAGCUGUCCACGGACGUGCAACGCGGAAAGUAUGUAUGAGCAUUCAGGCAGACAGUUAACAAAGAAAACUGCUCCAAACUCUGCUAUCUUUGGCUCUGGAAGCAAUCGGAAAUGAUAGGAUGUUUUUAUGGGGUGGGGGGGAAACGUCCUUUGUCUUCUGAGAGGUUUUGCACUAUAGAAUACAAUCAGACUUGUCCUCAACAGGGAUUUUCUUUAAAUGCAUGACACCAAACACAGGCCGAUUCUCUCUAUUGUUCCCCAUGCAGCCUAUUAUCAUGAGAGCUCUCUCUUUACAGCGCUUUGAUAAGGAUUAACUGGGUGAUUUAAGGUUAUGUCGUUGUGAAGCCAAAUGUACGUGUGCUCUUGCCAAGGACCUGGACAGUAGCAUGCUCGACAAAGCACAAAAGCAUCGUGUUUUUAUUUGACCAGGAUGUGUCCCCCGAUGGACAUGUGAUCCGGGGUUGACUGAGGCAAAAAUGAACUCCAACCUUGUACAUGGUGAUUCAUGUUGGCCCCUUUCAUUACAGUUAAGUGUAUUAGUUUUGCAGUGCCACAGUCAUCAUGACUGUCUAGUGAAAACCAUGUACCUCUGAAAAAAUGAAGAAUUAAGUGUUGCUUUAUGGGUUGAUACCCCGUAAGCCAAAUAAACUGUUUAAAAAGCCAUUGGGAUUUCUGAAAAAUGCAAAGCUGACAACAGGGCUUUUUUUCUUAGCUCAUGAAAAGUUGACGUUUUGGAAGUACGGGGUUCUCACUAGACAGCAAUGAUAAGUAACUUACUACUAUAACAUGCUACUUUUUAAAUGGAUAUCAGUAAAGGUACAACCUCUUCAAAAACACACCAUACACAUCAGUUGCAUGUGACACUUGUCACUUCUAUAGAGAAAUUGGAUCGCAAUCAACAUUAAUAAUUUAUCGGCUCAGUUUGUAGACUGUCUAGUCUAUGGUACCAAUCCAAUGUAGAAUCCAUCUAUUGAUCCAUCAAUCGCCCAGAUAUCCCUCAUCAUUAAAGGACUGUAAACGCUUAAAUGCAGUCGAAAUACUAUUCCCUGUCCUGUUACAGCACUAGUGUAAUGAAAUGGUAUGUUAUCUUAUCGUUUUGUUUGCGUGAAAGUCAUGAUGUUUACUUUUUAUAUUACUUCUCACCUCCGUAUAUGUAUUCAUUUUUGUUCAUCUUUAAGCUUUGUUACGAACUAGUAGUAGCGGCGGUAGGCGAUUUUAUGUGGAGUCUCUAGAAAUUUGGGAGUUUUAAGAACUUUUGUUGCUUUAGUUUCUCAUUGUUUUAUGUUUUCCUUUUAUGAAUGUUAUUUUUAUUGUUUGUGGGUUAAAUACAUAGAAUGUGGAUUGACUCAACCCCUGUUAUUUUUAUAUUGUGCAACUAGCAGCUCAUUUCCUUUUCUAGUGUGUUUUACAUUUAGUGCACUCAACGGUUUUAUUGUAAUUAUUAUAACCAAGACAAAAAAAUUUUUGUUUAUUCAUGCUUUUCUUUUUUCUCAGCCUGACUUAUUAAGACAUUUAAUGAGCUUUACAUGAAUUUAGAAAACUGGUGAUUUUUUUAUUUUAUCCAUUGAUAUCGUGUUUGUAACAUUUUACAAGAAGUUUUACAAUAAAGACACGUUGUUCAAAAUAAUAAUAAAAUAAAAAAGUUACUUAAAAGCUCAAAAAACGUGAUACACUUGAUGACAGGAGCCCAGCCCGACUGGCUCAUCAUUUUAAAAGACCUCAAGAUGCAAAAGAGCUAAAAGGAACGGUUUAAGCUGCAAAGUUAACAAAUGUGUCAAGUUUCCUACAGCUUCAUUAACAAAAACAAACCAGGUCAAAUCAUCAAGCUUAGGCUACAACAAAAACCAAUGCAUUACAGGGAGGACUUAAUGCAGAGGACCUGAGGUCGAUUUGACUGAGUUUUAUAUUGUUAUGUUAAAGAGUCCAGCAGAUGAGACACAGUAGUGAAGUGGCAUUUAAGACUUUGAAUGAGGAGGUGUGCAGGUGGAGGGACAGACGAAAGCAUUAGAACAUGUGGGAGCAUGUGGAGCAGUUGGUGAAAGCUGUCAUAGAUUGGCUGUUAUGUUUCUAGGAUCUCAGUUACUCUUCACUUGCAUUCAGUGCGGAAAAGGUUCCCCAACAUUAUUUUAGGAGGUUAUAGGUAUCUUUGACUCCGACAGAGCAUUGGGUAUGAACUAAUACAUUGAGAGGUGAGAUGUAGGGGGACAGUCAGAGACAGUACAGUUUGAGAUGGGCUCUGUAAAUCCUGAUGUCUGUAGUACAACUGGCCAAUCGAGCUGUUUCGCCGAUAAAUUUCAGAAAUAACGCCAUCCGUGGGUUCAAACAUAUCUUUAUGGUUUUAAACAGUAUAAGAAACAUUAGUGAGGGAGUGAUAAUAAAAGACAUAAUUUCUAGGUUGUCGCACAUUAUAACACUGUCUCACCAGUUCCCCAUUACACCCACCCAAUUUGUAAUUUUACCAUUUUAACACCUUAGUUGACACUUCAUCCCUCAAUUUUCUUAAUGCAGGCAUUAAGGCAACAAAAUAAACCACAAACAUUUUCUUUCUUAUUUUGUUUAUUACUUACUUUGUAUUUGUUUAAGUUAUUUAUACUUUGGUUUUUUUUAGAGAUCCAAAGAAGAACUCUUUGAUAUUUAGUAGCUUGUACACACUCACCAAGUUUCUCCUCCCUGCGUGUGAGGUCUUUCCCUCUGUUUUAGCGUUGAGCUUGUCCUGUCAGAGUAAUCUGAAAUAUGAGAUUUUCAAUUCAAAAUGUUGGAUUUAUUUCAUAAUAAACAUGUAUAAAUUUGUG